UUCUACACCGACCUAGGCUUGGUUUCGCUACGGAGAUGUCUACAAAUGCCAGGUUCUUGCACCGCAUUUUGGUCCUCGAUUCAGAUGAGCCGAUUCCUUCCCUUCAUCUCUCCCGCAGGCCCGAUGCCGUGUGAACAUAUGCUGACUGCCUCGCCUAGCCGUGAACAAGCCCCUUUGCUGCCGUUUCGCUACGUUGUACGGUUCCUGGCGACCCAUUUUAAGACCUCCCAUCGACCUGGCUGUUCACACACGAUUUGCUCGGCUGUCUAGGAUUUUUUUUCGAAGCUUAUCUCAUUGUACUCGUCUCAAUGGGAGUCAAGACUAUCAUUUCUUGAAAUCACUCUGUUCUCCGCAUCAUGGCCCCCAACACUUCCAAAUCUCUUUGGAAGCUGCCUGCACCAGUUCCACUGGGAACGACUAACUAUGAUCCAGCUAUCGAAUCAGAAACGAGGACGCUAGUAUCCAGCUUUCCAAAUUUCAGGUAUUUUCUCAUUUACCAGUCAAGCGUUGCCUCCCACAUCACCCUGCCUCUCAUCGCCCUCCAAUACCACACAAGGUGUGGUGUCAAUCCGUAUAUGUAAGCUUGCUCAGUGAUCAACUGCUUGCUAUUUUCACCCCCUUGCGUAUACCCUCUCAUGGUCCCGAACCUAUGUCUCCACGGUGUAAUGUCGAGAUGGUGGGUUACAUGGGGCUCGGAAGCAAAUAGUCGAGACUACAAAUCCAUAUCCGCCUACCUCCAAUUCCUUACUCCCCCUGGAAGGGGUUGUGGUGCCUCAUGCUUGCUUCUGGGUUAUGCAAAGAACCUAAGCCGCACUCAACUCACGAAGUGCAAAGUGUAUUUCCUGGUUGCCUUGCUCUGGGUACCUCUUUAUGGCUAUCCGUUCGGGUGUUCUGUUUUGGCAGCCACUGGUGAUGGGGUCAAAAUUUACAACUGCGACCAUUACACCAUCAAUAUCUGGAUUUGAGGCUGAGUCAUUGGGUAUCGUCACUGAGUGGUGACCGAACUCGUAGCUACAUGUCUUCAGAUAAGUUAUAUACUCUUAGUCUGUCCUGCCCUUCCGGUAGAAGAUCUGUCUUUGCAUCACCAGCAGCAUCAGCGACAUACCCACCUGCAUAUCAAGCAACAUAACACAACCCGGUUACAAUCGAGUCUACAUCCACGACGUCCUUGUGCUCUAGCCAUGAAGAACAGAUCUAGCCAACAGCCCGCAGCUAUGAGAGUGGCCAUCGCCGGAGCUGGCGGCUUUGCCCGUAUUCUCGCCCAGUACAUUAGUCAAACCCACUCUGUUCUCAUUCUUUCAACUCAGCAGCCCCGGCCCGAGGUGGAUGAACAAUGCCCUGGUUGUCAGCUUGUCGUUGUGGACUAUCAAGAUAUCGAGAAUCUUCGGUACGCCGUUCUGGGAGCCGAUAUCAUCAUUUCGACCAUCUCGGGCGCCGAGCAGCUCAAUCUCAUUGAUGCCGCUCGUCGUGCUCGGGUUCGUCGUUUCGUCCCUUCUGAAUUCGAGGGCGACAUGUCACGCCGACCAACUGACGACCCGCUGGACCGUGGCGGACAAUCCGCCAUUGAGAUGCUGGAACAGCUCCACAUGCGAUACACUAUUUUCUCCUGUGGCAUCUUCAUGGAACGCUUUGCCCCAGGAGGCUUGCAGACCUAUCACAUCGGGGCAGGAUCGGGAGUUCAGGGGCCAAGUGACUACCUUGUUGAUAUUCAAGGCUGCAACGCUGAGAUUAUCCCCAACAACCCAAGUGGCCGGUCAGUCCGUGUUACGCUCACAUCGGUAUACGACGUGGCCCAAUUUGUCACGGCAGCCAUCGAUCUCGGCAUCAGCAACUGGCCGAGAGAAUACCGCAUGAGGGGCGAAACGAUGACUGUUACUGACUUGGUUCAUACAUGCUCCGAUGUUCGUGGGGUUCCAUUCAACCUUACUGCUCGCCAUUACCGUGAGGUCGAGGCCCAAGUCGAAGAACUCCGGCAGAACGGGGAUUGGGGCUACUACUACUUCUACUAUCAGCGACUCCUGCAGACGGCCCUUGGAAGGUACCACGUCCAUUCACCCAAUCUUAACGACGAUGUUCAGGUACAACCCAUGUCAUUUAGGGCUUGGUUGGAGAGGUUCUGGGGUGCGGCAGCCUAGGCCUCCCGCUGAAUCAUGGUAGCACAAUCUUCAUGGUGAUGUCUGGGACACAAGAUUGGGCUACCAGUGGAGGCAUGUUGGUGACAUGCAGGAAUAUUGCGGCUCUUUCCUUUGUCUUAGAUGUGACAAGUUCACCUGGCAUUUUCUCAUUGGGGAUUCUUCCCAUGUUUGGCAUAGAUGCGGAGCUCCAGUAGCCACCGGGUUACUUUUCAUCGCUGUUCAGAUCAUUCAAAACUACCAUGUACAAGCUGGUCUCAUAAUAAAUCACUUCUCUUCUAUUUUUA